AAAAAAAAAACUUUACAAUAAAUAUUUGCUUUCUUUCUCAACCAACAUAACAUAACACCUCAUUUUGAUUCUCAUCUUUUUUCUUCUCAUGGCGGCUAUAGAGGAGUUACCUUCUUCCAUGCCUCAAGCUUCUUCUGAGGAAAAAGUGAUUCCUUCAACAGAUGAAAUGAUGGAAAGGGGUUUAGGAAGAUUUGGAUGGGUAGAAUUUGUGCAAUGCAUUCUUGUUUCGUUCGCAAUGUUCUUCGACGCACAACAAUCAUUCAUAACAAUUUACACCGACGAAUAUCAAACAUGGCAUUGCACAAAUCCGACCACAUGUGCAUGGGAUUCUAACAUCUGCAAAAUUCCAAGAUCUUCAUGGUCAUGGGAUGGACCAGCACACAAAACAGUGAUAUCUCAAUGGAGUCUUGAAUGUGCUAGUAGUUUUGUAACAGGUUUACCUCAAUCGUCGUUCUUCAUUGGUUGUCUUUUCGGUUCGUUUCUUCUAGCAACUUUAGCUGAUACAUCACUUGGUAGAAAGAACAUGCUUGUUAUGUCUUGUUUAUCAAUGUCUAUAGCUUCUAUUCUCAUUGUUUUCUCUACCAAUGUUUGGAUUUAUUCUGUUUUUAAAUUCUUGAUUGGGUUUUUGCGUUCGUCGAUUGGAACUUGUGUUCUUGUUUUGCUAACCGAGAAAGUUAGUACCGAGUGGAGGUUCACAGUUGGGAUUGUCGAAUAUUUCUGCUUCACAUUAGGGUAUGUGUCAUUGCCUGGUAUAGCUUAUCUCAAUAGAUAUAAUUCAUGGAAAUCGGUGUACAUUUGGACAUCAGUUCCUGCAAUUAUUUACUCGGUCAUUGCUUAUAUCUUUGUUACUGAGUCCCCGAGAUGGCUUCUAAUGCAAGGAAGACAUCAAGAAGCCAUGGCAAUGCUUAAAGGAGUUUCUUCUGUAGAGAACAGUGAUGAUAUGAUAGUAAGUUUAAUAGAAGCCCCGGUGAAUAAACAAAAGGCUUCGAUUUUCCAACUUUACUCGUCGAUUGCAGAGUUGUUCGCGAGAAGUUGGGCUCUAAAGAGAAUGAUGGCGGUAAUGGUUCUUGGUAUUGGAAUUGGAAUGGUCUAUUUUGGAAUGCCUUUAGCCGUUGGAAACUUAGGUUUUGACAUUUAUUUGGCUGUUGUGUUCAAUGGUUUGAUGGAAAUACCGUCUUGUGUGGCUACUUAUUUCUUGGAGAAUCGCCAAAGAAAGCCAUCAAUUCUUGUAUUCUCGGUAGCUAGUGGCAUAUGUUGUAUAAUGUGUGUUAUUGUUGGAUCGGGACAACAAGGAAUUAAGGUCGGGUUAGCAAUGACAUCGUUUUUCAGUGCUUGCACAGCUUAUAAUGUGUUUCUCAUUUACAUUAUUGAGGUGUUUCCAACAAGUGUGAGAAACACUACAACAUCAUUGGUGAGACAAGCUAUUGUUUUUGGUAACAUUUUCAGCCCCUUUUUGAUAUCUGCUGGGAGGAAAAAUGAUAUUUUCUCUUAUGGUGUGUUUGGAGUUGUUAUCAUGUUGUCUUGUGUUACAUUGCUCGGUUUGCCAGAGUCAAGAGGAUUAGCUCUUUCUGAUACCAUGGAUCAACAAGAGAAGAAAGAUGACAUGUCGGUAUAAAAUUGGUAAUGUUUGUUUAUGAUGUUGUUUUCACGUCAUUUUUUGGUUGUUGCUAGGGAGUAAGAAUGCUUGAUUUUGUAUCGACUUUGUCUCGAUUUUGAAAUGAAUACUUGAGAUUUGAUUUUUGAGCAAUGAGAAUCACCUUCUUUUGAAGGUAAAAAUUCCACAAUGGUAUACUUGUUUUUUUUUUCUUCUUUCCAUUCUGAUAAGUAACAACGUUUGUAUAUAGUCAAAGAUGUUUCUGUGACAUUUGUUCAUGAAACAUCUUAGGGCCAUGAAGCUUAUGACCUAAUAAUUUUGCAGGCAGUUAAAGAUGAUUUCUUGUUUUCUCCCUUA